GUUAAUAAAUAGCUUGACAUGUUCUCCAUUCCAUGCCUGCUAGUCGGCUAUGGUAACGUUUCGUCGCGUGCUCUGUGACUCUUACAUCCCGGACUGCGACAAGUAGUUGACUCGGAUACCGUUUCAUAGACUACUUUUAGUUGCUUUACAAGGGCUCUACCGUGCAACUGACACGGAUGGGGAAAGGUUCCGGCGACCAUGUGAGUAUUGAAGUUCCCUCAAAACAAACCCCCAUACGACAGCUUACAGCUUGAGGACCGCCGUGUAUCUAACGCCGCAAUAUAUUAUAGUUUUGCUGCAGUGUCGCAUGUUGGAUCGUCUUCAUCCUGCUUUGCGUUAGCAUUAUAGGAUUCGGCUUCGUUGGGGGCGGCAUCGCCGUCCUCCUUAUCUUCAGGGUCGAGAGGCACCAAAACAUAAGUAUGUUGUAAUCCUUUUCAUAGCUGGGUGCUCGACGUCUUCGACUCGCCUCCGCGUCCUGCAUACCUGCCCUAGCUAGCCAGUCACGGCACCCUUACCUACCCAUCGCCGUCCAUAACCUCCUGAAAACCCCCCUCAAUCGCCCCCAUGUAUAGGCUACAAGUCAGUGCACAUUCCCCGUGCCCCUCCCUGGACCCUAAUCUAUUUCUGGUUGCCUUCACCACAGGAAAGGUUGAGGAUGCAGUGGCAGUCUGGAACAACAGCACCUUACCGAACGGCUGGCGGAACUUCGAGGGCCUCACGGCCUACGCCACUCUCACCCCGGGCAGCUCAGCGGUGUGGAAUGCCAGUUACUGCUUCACCACAACCGUCGCCCUCAGUUCCUCGCUAUGUCCCAAUCAAUCCUAUGUGGACGAGGCUGUUCGCUUUCAGUCAGUGAAGCAGCUGGCAUUCUGUGCCUACGUGCCGUACACCACAUUUGUAAACUGCGACCUGCGGGUGAGGUUCACUAUGGUCCAGGGCGGGAGCAAUGCCACUCUCACCGCACUGCCGGACCUGGUGAACGAGUCGGGCAACAAGCAGAUCAAGAUCAGGAUGCAAGACAUCCGGGGGCCUCUGCGCUGUCACGGCAAGCGGCGCUGCUUCGGAUCUGGCUACGAGGGGUGCAAGCGGAACUGCUCGGCGGCAUUUGGCGGGACGUUUGACUGCGCCACCUACACCUGCACGGCCAACGCGUGGAUAUCGGACCUGUCUGUCAAGGUCAACCGCACCUCGGCAGGUUCCUAUGCGGUGGAUGCGUCGGGCCCGGUGUUCUCCAAGGGGGGUGCUGGAGGGACCGUGCUGCCCGCAGGCUACUCCUGGCUCUUCUACCCGGGGGCCUCCGGUACCGCCCCGCUCUGGCAGUACGACGGCAUGGCCUGGAACAGCACCCCCGCCAACCUGUCCCUCACCCUGCGCCCCUCCUCCGACCCCUGGCUCACAUACAUGGCAGCGACCAAGGGGUCGGGCUACUUUGACGAACCGCUGCCCAUCCUGGGCGGCGCGCUGGUGGGUAUCGGCGGGCUGCUGCUGCUGGGCUGCUUCCUCACCUCGCUGCUGCUGUGCGUCGCGCGCUGGGUGGCGCGGCGCUACCCGGAGCGGCCGCCGGGCUGCCUGCGGGGCUGCAUGUGGAGGAUGGGGCGCGGGGCCUGCGGGCCCAAGGGCUCCAAGGGCGCCCCCACAGCCAUCGACAACGCAGCCUACCAGCCCCAACACCAGCAGCAGCUGCAGCAGUCCGCCUACCCGCCCGCCUACCCGCCCGUGGCCCCACCGGUGCUACCCAGCACUCCCCCGCCGCCCGGGGCCUACCCCUACCCCUACCCCUACGCCUACGGCGCCUACCCCGCCGCCUACACCCCAGGAAUCGUGGCGGCCAGUCCCCAGCAGCAGCAGCAGGCAGCCUUUAUGCAGGCCGGUGGAUACGCCUACACGUAUCCUGCCAUGGUGCCUGGAGCCAUCGAGUCGCCUGCAAGGCCGGGCACCUCCCCCUUCCCGCCGCCGCCGCCGCCGCCGCAGCAGCAGCAGCAACCACUGCCUCCGCCACAAGAGCAGCAGCCGCUGUUACCGCUACAACCGCAAACGUGAUGGGCUUGGGAAUAUCGACAGGAAUUGUGAAUUGCAAAAGUAUCACCGUAAUGCGUGAUGUGAUGUGAUGUGCGGAAUGAUGCAGGAAGGACCAACACAGGCGCCGAUGUGGCUUCCCAAACGAAGCAGUGAUCUCGUGUUUCCUGCAUUGCAUUUGACAGUGGUGGUACCUGUCCGUAUGGUACUACUUAAGGUGAGCUCUUUACGCAUGGCAGAGGUCGGUGAGGGAUGUGCGCCGGUCGUUCGGGAGUUGCGUUGUUCGUGGAGGGCUUCGGGCUCGCUGUGAUUGAUUCUCCUAAUGCGUUACGAUACUGUACGACAGCCCCGUUACCUCGUAGCUGGCACCCCACCUUGUUAGUGUCGACCGAUGUUGAAUUAAUUCGUGUGCGUGCGUGCAUGGCAGUUCUAACCUCCCAUGUGUGAGAGUUUAUGCAAGGCCACCCAUUGGUGGCCGCCCGGGUGAGGUAACCUGAGCGGUAGUUGUCAAGUUGUGGAACGAGUACAUACCAGUAUACCGGUACAUACACAUGAAGGGGUUACCUCGCUAGGGGUUACCUCGCCGGGCUUAUUCAUGACCCAUGGGUCACUCACCUGGUGGCACGGCCAUGAUGGCAAAACACAGCAGAGGUGCCAAGGACAUGGCAUGUGAUCUCUUACACUUUGAAAGGCUAUUCUAACACGGCUGUGUAACCAGCACGCAUAGA